UUGAACGUCAAUUUUGACAUUACAACUGUCAAACAAUUAUCUUGUCAAUGUCAUAAAUAUCAAUAAAUCAACAAUCUGUUUUUUUACUUAUUUUACAAAUUUUUAAAGAAAAAUCCGUAAAUACAUUAAACCCAUCCCAAACAUGGCUUUGCCAACUCUACCAUCCAAAAGUGUAAUCCUUGUGGCCGAUGACCACAUAUUUGUAAGUCCAGUAAAACUGGUAAAAACCAUAGACGACAUGGUGAAAUGGGACAAAUCGGAGGCCUAUUUUGAGUAUUUGGGCUUCAUAUAUGCGAUAAACGAUUCGGUUAGAGGUUUGAGCAACUCGAGAGGCUCCGAGGACUCCUCUACAAACAUCAACAAACUGGCCGCCCUAUUGGACACACUUAGUCAAUGGGUGGACCAGAUUCCACCAAUAAAUCAACCUCAGAGGUUCGGAAAUGCCGCCUUUAAAACGUGGUAUCAGAAAUUAAAAGAUAAUUCAAUUGACUUGCUACAAAAAUUAUUUCCUGCUGCACUUCAUAGGGCCAUUCCCGAAGUGAUGGUGUACCUGGAAGAAUCUUUUGGGAACUCUACUAGGAUUGAUUAUGGGACUGGGCAUGAGAUUUCUUUUGUAAUGUUUUUGUGCACUUUAUAUAAAAUCGGUUUUUUACGGGAAACUGAUUUUGCUGCCACGGCUUGUAAAGUCUUUGUAAAAUAUUUAAUUCUUGCAAGAAAAUUACAACAAACAUACAGGAUGGAACCCGCAGGUAGCCAUGGGGUAUGGAGCUUGGAUGACUAUCAAUUUGUCCCAUUUAUAUGGGGAAGCUCCCAGCUGAUACAACACCCACAAAUCGAGCCCCAGAUGUUCCUGAAACCUGAGAUAUUUAAUAAAUAUGCUGAUGAUUACAUGUUUUUGAGCUGCAUCAAGUAUAUUAAUGAAGUGAAGACUGGUCCGUUUGCAGAACACUCUAAUCAGCUGUGGAGCAUUAGUGGAGUAGCCAGCUGGACAAAAAUCAAUGGGGGAUUGAUCAAAAUGUAUAAAGCAGAAGUUUUGAGUAAAUUUCCUUUAGUACAACAUAUAGUGUUUGGCUCCUUAUUUUCAUUAAAACCUGCAGAAUAUGGAACAACAAUCAGGAAUUUUGUAAGUGACAACAAAGCACCGGUACUGUCAGCAUCAGAAACUAAUCGAACAUCGAAUUAAGCUUUUCAUUAAUAAUAUUUAUGUGAUAUUUAAUAUAGUAUUUAUUCAAA